AUGAUCUUUUUCUUGUUUCUUCUUUAAAAAGAAAAAAUCGGUGAUUAAAAAAAAUAAUAAUGAUGGAUCCGGCUAUGGACAUGGAUAUUGCUGAUUGUGAUUUUUUGAGCGACAUAGGUGAUAGUGAUGGUAAUGAUAGCCACGAUGAAUUCUCAUCUGACCCUGAGAUUGAUAAAUAUUAUGUUCAUUGUAUCACUUGCCGGAAUCGCUUAUUUGGCCGCCAGAGGCCUCUUCAUUUGGUCAUCGGCGGUGGAUUAGCCGCUGAUGUCAUACUAUGGAGGAACAAAGAAACAUCAGCAUGUGUACUUGCUGGUGCAACAGUUGUAUGGCUUCUAAUAGAGUGGAUUGGUUACCAAUUCCUUACAAUUCUUUGCAAUGCUCUCUUACUCACAUUCACCUCACUUUUCCUCUGGUCCAAUCUUGCCUCCUAUACCAAUUUUGUGUCACCCCCAGAAUUGCCAAAUAUCACAUUACCUGAAGGCUCACUGGUGAGACCUGCUCUUUUGCUGAGAUGGGAGUAUCUUCGAGCUCUGAGAACCUUUGGAGAAGUAAUAUUUGGGGCAGAUUUGAAAAGAUUUUUUAAGAUGGUUGGAACUCUGUGGAUUCUCUCAGUUUCUGGUAGCCGGUUCAACCUUUUAACUCUCUUUUAUUUGGUGACUGUGAUAUUGUUGACUGUGCCAAUGCUUUAUGAGAACUUUGAAGACAAUGUGGACAGCUUUGCCGAGAAGGCAUUCCUUGAGAUAAGAAAGAAGUACGCGCAGUUGGAUCAAAGGGUUUUCCAAAAACUUAAAAAAUGGCAUUAAGAACCAAUAAAUUUUUUUAUUAGUAUCUCAGUAUUUUUUUGUUGUUUGCUCAUUUACUUGUUUAAGUAAGUUUUGUCAUUAUUUUCUGGUGGAGGUUAUUGUGAAGAUACAGACCAUAUCAAUGAGUUUAUUUUUUGGCUAUACCAGGAACGAGUUUAUAGUUUCUGCCAUGAUAAAUAAAUAUGUAAAAUGUGUUAAAGAUUCUUACAACCCUUGUGAGAUUUUCGUCAAUUCAUAGUUUCUCUAAAAGAAAUAGGCACCUUUACUUGCUGGCUCGUAGAUUUUUUAAGCAUGUUUCGAAGAUUGAAAACCCAUGGUUUCUCCCCCAAUGUUAUUCCUUAAUGUUGACAUUAAUCAUCUUCGAUUAGCCAGUUUAUGAAAGUUUAAUAAGCUAAAAUGUCUUUUGGUGAACAUAUAAAUUGGCAGUGUAUUAAAGAAUUGAGUGUACAACUACAGCCAAAAUCUAAACAUAAUCAAACUCAGCUUCAUAUUUUAGGCAGGUUCUAAAAAAUGGAAGGCAUGCUUUUAGCUAGUCAUACACAUUCGAGACAUGACAUGAGCUUUAUAAUUUUCAAAAUAAUGUACUAUAAUAGCAAUGAGGCCUCAACGUGAUUCGACUUCAAAAGUUUAUUACGCCAAAUACAAACACUAAAAUUUCUCAUCCACUAAACCUUGACCAAGUAAUUCACUAAAUGCCUCUACUAACUACAAAAGUCUAAAGCACUAACUUAAAUGGCUAGUUGGUAAUAAUAAUACACCAUGAAAAUCCAUAAUGAUAAUUAUGCAAUCAAAUACAUGACAAUUCAGACGAAGGGUGAUAUUAUUAUCUAUACUUUGGCCUCCUCUUUGGAUUUAGUAGGGGGCAAGAAGCUCUCCCACCAACCA